AAUAGCAGCGCCAGCGAUGGAGCAUCGCGACCGGUUCCUCCUGCGUCGUCGGUGCUGACACAUGCAGUUGGGAAGCUGUCGGCAUGGGUCAAGGUGCAUCUGGUGCCGGACUCUGACAUCACUGUGAUCGAGAGCGACUCUGAUGGUCGAUGAUGAAGGCACUGUGCGGGCGAGCACCGAGCUGGGACGGGCCCACGGACACCGGCGCACCCGGUCGGUGACACGGCCGCAGCUGUUUGUCGAGCAGUCGUCGAAGGUCGCCCGGCGCCUGGGGCUGUCGCCAAUGCCGCUUGCCAUGCAUGGUCACUUUGAUGCUCCUCCAGGUCUUGCAUAUUCUGGCUGCGUCCUCGCGCAGCAAUCUCCUGGCGCUGCAGCAGACGGUGGCAGACGAGGCCUUGAAGACUGCGCCGGGCUCGAGCUGGGUCUUUGCUAUCCCGCUUGUCGGCCUGGUUCUGCGGGCACUCUCGAUGGUCGUGCGGACUGCUGCCAGCAUGCUGACUGCCGAGGGGCUGUCGUAUUUCGGAUAUGUGCUGCUGCACCCGCACGCCAUGGUGGCCUGGGUUCUUUGGCCGUUCACAUCGCCGCGCAGGCGGACCCGUGGCAGGCGCGUUUCUUCGGCUGGGCCAUUCUGGACAUUGUCGGGUGGGCAGCCAUGGUUCUGAUUGUCUACGCACUAGUGGUGUGGAUCAAGCUGAUGGCGGGCACCCGCCUGGUGCAGUUUGCGUGGGUGCGGCACCGCGACUUUGAGCGCCGUACCAAGGAGAACAAGGGCACAAAGGCAGAUACGAAGAACCUCAAGCAGUUUGACGACUCGACAAAGAAGCUUGACAACGACGCGUUCUUUGAGGUUGGCAAGCUGAUCGGCAAGGAGAAGACCGAGGCUGAGUGGGAGAAGCAGAGACCGAAGUGGACUAUGGACAACAUUGAGCGGUACUCGCUGUUCAAGAGCCGCGUCCCGUAGAAAUAAAAUCGCUCCCCAUAUCUGUUGUUGGGGGAGGCCGUCUGACUGCGCUGUUUCCUGCAAAAAAUGUUUUUUCUUCUACAAGCUAGGAUUCUAGAACUACACUGUAAACUCAUACUACAUACACUAUGUCUCGAGGAGGAGGACGCGGCCGCGGCCGCGGCACACGGCGCGAAAUGAGCGCACUGCAGACUGAGUUGAU